CAAAGAUAUCCCCGAAUAUCGUAUCCGUAAACCCCUAGUUCGUAUAAAUUUACGAACUUGAAAAAAAACCGCCUCAUUCUCAGGGGUCUCUCAAUCCUCUCACUUUCAUACUUCUUUCAAUCCCGCUAUGUACGGACAGCCCUCAGGCUUCCGUCCUUCCGGCGGCGGCGCUGGCGGCUGGGGUUGGCAGCAUCCACCGACGCAAGCGCAAGCGGCGGUACCUCAGAACCCCGAUUUCUCUUACCAAAACACCGGCUAUUACCUCCAAGCUCCCAACCCCCUUCUCCACCACCACCUCCUCCAAAACCAAAACGUUCCAAUUCAAAACCCUAGCUUUACUUCCCAGUUACACCAAAACCUGAAUUUCUCUGCCCAAAACCCUACGGUACAAGUUCAGCCUAGGCCUCCUCCCCAGAAGGGACCCAAGCCAAGAUUCCAGACCCCUAUUUCCUCGCCGAACAAAAGAGAGCUUCUCGAGAAGGUCGACCGCGCCAUUGAUGAGGCACGCCGCAAAACUAUCGAGGCUGGAGAGAGUGUGACGGCGUGGAAAGUGUCUCAGGAUGCUCUGUUGAUGCUCAAGGUCGACUCGUGGAGCUCCUUGGGCUUUCCAAUGCAAGGGGUUCCGAAUCUUUUCCGCCUUAUGGUAACGGAGGGAAAGAUAAAUGCAUUUAUCCAUUGCUUUGUUGGGGUUAGAAGAAUAACUUCAUUGCAUGAUUUGGAAGUGGCAAUCUGCGAGAAUGAGGGUGUAGAGAAGUUUGAAGAGUUGGAGUUGGGCCCUUUGUUACGACACCCUCUUGUCUUGCAUUAUUUCUCUGUGAACUCAGAUGUGACUGAAGUCCUUAAAAUAACUGGUGAAGAGAUAAUUUCUUUCCUUUGGAAGUUCAUCUAUAAGUGUAAGUAUAAAGAGAUUAAGGUUGAAGAGUUUCUGGAUUUCAUUGCUAAGAAGCGAUCAGUUGCGGGCAAGGAAAAGCUUGGGAUACGAGUUCAAAGCUUGGGGAUGCAUAUUUCUGUUAUUCGGAAAUCGGGGAACUUAGAGAAUGCCACGUUAAAGAAAUCUGUAGAGGCAUUGAAAUCAGAAUCUGAUAAGAAAUUCAGGAAGCGUCCUAUUUUGUCGUCGGUUAAGAAGCAGCUGGAUGAACGUUUCAAUUCUAUUUCGCAACGUAUCGAAUCAUUUUCAUCAGCAGAGAAGGAUUUUUGUGGCAAACACACAAGAUUUGUUUCAUCAAGCUCAGAUGAUGAAAAUAGUGAUGAUUGUACUUCUGAUGAUGAAAGGACUGACAAUGCCCCUGGCAACCAUUUUAACUUGCCAUCACAAAAUGCUAAAAGUUCUGACCGAGCGAGUAGCUGCCCUUACCCGUCUCAAAUUGAAGAGAUGGCACGGCUUGGGUUGAAAGGUGAAAUAUGCGGGAACCCUUGUCAUGCUAGUGGCAGCCCAAGGCACAACGAGAGGAGUGGAUCAUCUAGAAAGAAAAGAAAAUUGGGAAAAAUGAGCUGCACCACAUCUGCACCCUUUGGAUCAUCUGAAAAGAAAAGAAAAUCUGAUAAUCUAGACUGCACCAUUUCUGCAACCUCCAAAUUUUCCAAGAGGUUCGAGGUAGAAAUAGAUGUUCAUGGAGUAGAUAAUUACCGAAAGACUGACAGGUCUAGCAAGGUGAAUGAAACUGAUUUUUCAAUUACUGAUAACUCUAUGAGGAGCUUUAUUACAACCUGGAAGGAGGGUUGUCAGGAGUGUACGGUGUCUGAGGUGUUCAGGAGGAUGCUUGACUUUUAUAAAACACAAGGCCGGCGAAGAAAGAAAUUCAAAUUGAUGCUUUCAUCAUUCCCCUUUGUAGGAUUACUAAAUGUUGCUGUCUCAUCCAUCAAAUUUGGAAUGUGGGACAGUAUAUAUGAUACAUUCCAAGCCAUAAAUCAGAAUGAAUUGACAAAGACAUGUAACGAAAAAUAUUCUGAAUAUGAGAUCAUUGAUGUUGAACCUAGUCUUAAGGAUGCACCAGUCAUAGCUGAUGAUCACAAGAAGCGUAUACCCAGGGUUUCUGUUGAAGAAAUUAUCAGUAAAUUAGCAACAUAUUUUGAGCUUGAUUAUGAUAUCAACAGCUAUGGUAAAUCACUCCUUGAAAGGAGAAUCAUCCUCUUGAGGAAGCUUUAUCAUUGUGAGUUUUGGCUGGCAGAGCAAUUUUGUGUCAAGACAUUUAAGUCCCUUGGUUAUGGGGAGUUUUUAAUGUUCCUAGAAAAGCAUGCCUCUUUGCUACCUGAUCAGAUAUACAAGUUCUUGAUAGGUGAUAUAUGUGAACAAUCCCCUCUGGAGGUUUGCAUGCUCCAGCAUCAAUUGGUUGUUUUAGUAUCACAGGCUUUGAAUGGCUUAUGGGGAGAUGAAAUAAUGACCAAACAGAUGAUUUCUUCACUGCUUACAAGGCAAUUUCCGUUAAUCAGUUUCAAAAUUUUGGAAAGAGGUUGUAUGGCUGAUUUUCUAGAUAUUGUGGGGAAGCAUGAGAGCAAUGCAAUCUCUAAAGCCGUCUUAUUUUCUGUAACGUUACUUGGAAUGUGUCAUGUGGGAGACUUGUCCGCCUAUGAUGAAAAUGAUUCAUUGGAAACCACCAAGGUAAGAAUUGACGUCAACCAAAAAACUGGAGCCCUUAAAUCUGUUACGUCUAAGGAUGCAAUUGAAGUUUUAUGUAGGGCCCCGAUGUUGUCAGAUCUAAACUUGUGGACCCAUUGGGACCUCAUAUUUGCCCCCUCUCUUGGUCCUCUUUUAACAUGGCUGUUGAAUGAAGUCAACAUGAAAGAGUUUUUAUUUUUAGUGACUAAAGAUGGAAAGGUCAUCCGCUUGGAUCAUUCAGCUACUGUGGAUUCAUACUUGGAAGCUGCACUUGAGGGGUGCUCUUUCCAAAUAGCUGUGAAGCUAUUAUCUCUGUUCUCAUUAGCUGGGGGAGAAAAACAUGUGCCCUUGUCACUUUUAAAAUGUCAUACACGCCAUGCAUUUGAAGUUAUUUUUAAGAAUUUAUUGGAGACUAUUGAAGUAAAUGACGGUUGGAACUCUCUCAUUCAAGGAAGCACUAGAUGGAAAAUGGUUGAUGAAGCUUCUACUAGUAAUUUGAGUAGUGAAUUACACAUGAAUUUAUUCAAAAUUGAUAAAGUAGUGCCCGUUAUAUCCAGAUUUGUCCUCGAUUGCCUAGGCUAUUUCCCUACUGAGUUUCGUGGUUUUGCUGCUGAUGUUUUACUUUCUGGAAUGCGAUCUAUUGUCAAGGAUGCUGCUUCAGCCAUUCUGUCUGAAUGCAACCAAACAGAGCAGCGCAUCAUGCUGCAUGAAGUAGGAUUGUCUCUCGGUAUUGUGGAGUGGAUUGAUGAUUACCAUGCUUUUUGUUCCAGUAAUCCUACUGAUGCGUUCUCACGUGGAUCUUUAUGCUUGAAAGCUGCUGGGCCUGAGAAAUGCAUCGACUCAAAAAAUAUGCAAGAUGUGUUGGGCAAGGUUUCCACUCCUGAAACAAAUAUGAAUGUACCUGCUGUGACAGAUGGGCAUAAUGAAGAUUAUACUCAAGUUCAAUCAACUGAUGCAUUAAACGUUUUUGAUGGAAUUGGCUCUGGUCAGAUGAAUUUGCCUGAACUUGAUGAACAUAAGAACGCAGCCAUGGUCAUUGAAGCUAUCAGGCGGGAUGAAUUUGGUCUGGAUCCAAAUCUUUCUAAUAUUGAGAGUAGCAUGUUGAAGAAGCAGCAUGCUCGCCUAGGGAGAGCACUUCACUGUCUUUCACACGAGUUAUAUUCUCAGGAUUCACAUUUUCUUCUUGAGUUGGUUCAAAAUGCUGAUGAUAAUAUUUAUCCAGAAGAUGUGGAACCUACUCUGACAUUCAUUCUUCGAGAGUCAGGUAUCAUCGUUCUAAAUAAUGAGCUAGGCUUCUCUGCUCAAAACAUUAGAGCGCUUUGUGAUGUUGGAAAUUCAACAAAGAAAGGAUCUAACGCAGGAUAUAUUGGGCAGAAAGGCAUUGGCUUUAAAUCAGUAUUCCGUGUAACUGAUGCUCCGGAGAUUCAUUCUAAUGGAUUUCAUGUCAAAUUUGACAUAAGUGAGGGCCAGAUUGGUUUUGUUUUGCCAACAAUAGUACCUCCAUGUGAUAUAGACAUGUUUAGUAGGCUGGCAUCUUGUGAUGUUGGUCAUUUGGAUCCUAAAAUCUGGAACACUUGCAUUGUACUUCCCUUUAGAGCGAGAUUAUCAGAUGGAACUGUCAUGAACAGCAUUAUGACUAUGUUCUCAGAUCUUCACCCAUCUUUGCUGCUCUUUCUUCACCGGCUUAAGUGUAUUAAGUUUAGAAACUUGUUCAACAAUUCACUCAUAGUUAUGAGAAAAGAAAUCAUGGGGGAUGGCAUUGUUAGGGUUUUGCAUGGAAAGGAGAAAAUGACAUGGUUUCUAUCAUCUCAGAAGUUGCGAGCAGAUGUCAUUCGUCCUGAUGUGAAAACAACAGAAAUCUCAAUAGCAUUUACAUUGCAGGAACCAAAUGAUGGGGAUUACGCUCCACUUCUUGAACAACAGCCUGUUUUUGCAUUUCUUCCUUUAAGAACAUAUGGUCUGAAAUUUAUUAUACAAGGUGAUUUUGUCCUUCCGUCAUCUAGAGAGGAAGUGGAUGGAGAUAGUUCCUGGAACCAAUGGUUAUUGUCCGAGUUUCCAGGUUUGUUUGUUGGUGCAGAGAGAUCCUUUUGUGCUCUUCCUUGUUUUAGAGAGAAUCCAGGAAAAGCUGUGUCAGCUUUUUUGAGCUUUGUUCCACUUGUUGGGGAAGUUCAUGGUUUCUUUACUAGUCUUCCCCGGUUGAUUAUUUCUAAAUUACGUAUGUCAAACUGCUUACUUUUGGAGGGAGGCAAUGACAGAUGGGUUCCUCCAUGCAAGGUUCUAAGAGGUUGGAAUGAAAGAGCUUCUAUUCUUUUUCCUGAUGGUUUGCUUAGUGGUCAUCUUGGCCUUGGAUUCUUGAAUAGAAAUAUAAAAAUGUCUGAUUCAUUAGCAAGGGCACUGGGUAUUCAGGAGUAUGGACCCUCAAUUCUACUACAAUUUAUAUCCCGUUUAAGUCAUGUGGAAAAUGGCAUCAAUUCAAUGGGCCUGAGUUGGUUGUCUUCUUGGCUAAAUGAACUUUAUAUAAUGACAUUCCAGUCUUCUGGAAAAACUCUGUUGAACUCUGAUACAGAAACAGACCUGAUAGAAAACCUUCGAAAAAUAAAGUUUAUUCCCCUUUCGGAUGGUACAUACAGCUCUGUCGAUGAAGGUACAAUCUGGUUACCCACUGAUGCAAUAAGCACUGGGUUUGAUGGUGCGCAAGGUCUCGAAGCUUUCCCAAAUUUAUUUGCUAAACUCCGGACUGUCAGUCAUGCCCUCCUUUCUACAUCAACUUCUGGUGCCUCUGAUAUGUCAUGCAUGGACAUGAAUUCGGUGGACAACCUUAUCAAGAUGUUUCAUAGGAUUGGUGUCCAGCGGUUGUCUGCUCAUGAAAUUGUGAAGGUGCACAUCUUGCCAGCUGUAUCAGAUGCCCGAGUUACAAAUAGGGACAGAAAUUUGAUGACAGAGUAUCUUAGUUUUGUUAUGAUCCACCUGCAGUCUAGUUGCCCUGAUUGUCGUGUUGAAAGGGAGUACAUAGUCUCUGAAUUACGAAAUAACGCUUUUAUUCUAACAAAUGAUGGCUUUAAACAACCUGUAGAGGUAUCAAUUCAUUUUAGUAAAGAAUAUGGAAAUCCAGUCGAUGUAAAUAAGUUGGCCAAUGUUGUAGAUAUGAAAUGGCUCGAGGUUGACCCUUCCUAUUUGAGGCAUCCGGUCACUGAAUCUCUCACUUCUGGGCUGAUGAAAUGGAGGGCAUUUUUCCAGGAAAUAGGUGUCAUGGAUUUUGUGCGAAUACUUGAAGUUGAUAAGACCGUUGCUGACAUAUCUCCAACCAUUUUUAAGAAUAUAAUGUGCGAAAGAAAUCUGAUUUCCCCUGAAUCAAUUGUCAAAGACUGGGAAUCUCAUGAAUUGGUCCAUUUAAUAGCUAUGUUGUCCAAAAGUGGCUUGCAGCAAAGUUGUAUUUUUUUGUUGGAGGUUCUUGAUACACUAUGGGAUGGUUAUUUUAGCAACAAAGUUACAGGUUACUGCAGUCCGAAAUCUGGUGGAGAUAGUAAACCCUUCAAGUCUUCUCUUUUGAGCAGCAUUUGUGAUGUCCAGUGGAUAGUAUCUAGCAUGGAUAAUGAGCUUCACUAUCCCAAAGAUUUAUUUUAUGAUUGUGAUGCAGUACGUAUGAUUUUGGGUGCAUAUGCUCCAUAUGCUGUCCCAAAGGUGAGAAGUGGAAACCUAGUUAGCAAUAUUGGGUUUAAGAUUAAAGUUAUAUUGGAUGAUGUUUUGGAAAUUCUGAAAGUAUGGAGAAGAUCCAAGACACCUUUUAAGGCCAGCAUAUCACAAAUGUCAAAAUUGUACACAUUCAUUUGGAAUGAAAUGGCUACUUCAAAGCAGAAAAUUAAAGAGGAGUUGCAUUCAGGACCUUUUAUAUUUGUUCCAUAUACCUCCGGCUCUAGUCUUGAGGAGAUGUUACCUGGUAUAUUUUUAUCUCCUGAAGAAGUAUGUUGGCAUGAUUCAACUGGUUCUCUGGAUCAAAUGAAGGAAAUCCCUCAUUGCAGUUUGACAGAAGUUACUCAUCACCCCUUGAACAAGACGCUGAGCAGUACUUAUCCAGGACUUCGUGACUUUUUUAUUGACGGCUGCGGAGUACAUGAGACCCCUCCUCUCUGUAGCUACAUACAGAUUUUGAUGCACUUAUCUGCUAUUUCUUUGCCUUCACUAUCAGCUAAUGCAGUUUUUCAAGUUUUUCUCAAGUGGAGUGAUGGAUUGCAAACUGGAAUCCUAACUCCGGAAGAUGUCAUUUACUUGAAAGAAUGUCUUUUGAAAUUGGAAUUAACGGUGCUUCCAACUGAACAAGAUAAGUGGGUUUCCCUGCAUCCUUCUUUUGGCCUUGUGUGUUGGUGUGAUGAUAGCAAGUUAUGGGAGCAAUUUAAGAAUGUUGAUAACAUUGAUUUUCUGUACUUUGGCAAACUCAAUGAGGUUGAAAAACAGAUACUUCAGACAAAAGUUUCUGUACUCAUGCAAGCCUUGGGGAUUCCAGCUCUCUCAGAGGUUGUAAGUCGUGAAGCAAUAUAUUAUGGUCUGGCAGACUCUAGUUUCAAAGCUUCAUUGGUGGGCUGGGCUCUUCCUUAUGCUCAGCGCUACAUCUGUAGCGUACACCCGGAUAAAUAUAUUCAACUCAAACAAUCUGGAUUCAAUUUUCUUAAUCAUUUACAAGUAGUUGUUGUUGAAAAGCUGUACUACAGGAAUGCUAUAAAGAGUGGGUUUGGUACAUCGAAGAAGCGAAUUGAAUGUGGCUGUCUUCUGCAGGAUAACAUUUUGUACGCAACCCGAGAUUCCGAUUCUCAUGCCAUAUUUACAGAGCUGUCUUGUUUGUUAUUUAAUGGAACUCCUGAUUUGCACUUGGCAAAUUUCCUUCACAUGAUCACGACCAUGGCUGAAUCAGGUUCCACUGAGGAGCAGACAGAGUUUUUCAUCUUGAAUAGCCAGAAGGUGCCAAAGCUUCCUGAUGAGGAAUCUUUGUGGUGCCUCUCAUCUGUGCCUUCUUUAACAAAGAAUGAUGAUUCACUCCAGACAAGUUUUGACUCAGAAAAAAUGGAAGAGCAAAGUUAUCAAAGGUCCAAAAGGAAAGCAGAAAAUAACCCAAACUGGCCGCCUGUGGAUUGGAAAACUGCACCGGGUUUUAGUUAUGCUCGUGCAAAUGGUUUUAGGACACAGGCAACAAGUGCACAGCAUGGUUGCGGCCCACAAAAGAAAGACGAGGAUGAUUCUGAAGGCAGAGUCAUGCGAACUGAUAAUGUUGUUCCUAUCUCAAUCGAUGAUGAUUGGAUCAUUGAAGAUGAUUCAGCCACAGCUUCAACAGCUUUAGUUUUGUCAGAUAACAAUUUGGAAGAUCAGUCUGACCAAGCUUACAACCAGACUGAUUCUGGUAUGGAAGUUGAAUUUGAUCCUACUGAUUUUGAUAUUACAGCUGAUGACCCUGAGUUGGAUUCAUCCAAUUUUCACAAGAGAGACCAACUUAGAACUGGCACACCCAAUGCAAUGCAAGCUGCACGUACGGGGAGACUGGGUGAGCUAGUCGCUUUCAAAUACAUUAUUGGGAAAGCUGGUAACACAGUUGUGAAAUGGGUUAACGAAGAUAGUGAAACCGGGUUGCCCUAUGACAUUGUCGUAGGGGAGGAGAAUUGCAGAGAGUACAUUGAAGUUAAAGCAACUAAAUCCCGUAAAAAAGACUGGUUCAAUAUAUCAACAAGAGAGUGGCAAUUUGCGGUGGACAAAGGUGAAUCAUUCAGCAUUGCACAUGUUUUAUUAAGUAAUAAUGCUGCCAGGGUUUCCGUAUACAAAAAUCCAGUAAAAUUAUGUCAGUCAGGCAAGCUACAGUUGGUUGUUAUGAUGCCAAGGCAGCAAAAGGAUUUCUCCAUUGUUUCCUAAGGUGCACUCGAUUUUAUCUGUGCUGUCUGCAAAAUUCACUUACUAACUACGACUGCCUUCACAGAGACUGACUGAAAUUACAGGUUUUAGUAUGUGGAAUAUUUCUUUCGAUGCCGAGGAAAGGUAUUGCCAUGUCACUUCAAAACUGGACCAGUCCAGUUGUAAGUGCAUAAACACUCUUUUGGUGUUGCAAAAGAAAGCAUGAGUAUAGGAUUUGGAGGAGCUCCCAGGUGGAAUUUCUUCAAAAUGGUUGCCUUUGCCGAAAUCAAUGGGGUCCUGUGAAAUGAAGGGUCCUAACAAAUAAAAAAUUGUUCAGUGUUCAUAGAUGAAAAUUUGUCACAGGCAACAGUGUAUACGUUUAUGUUGUAAACUUUCAUCCUUCAAUUUAGACAUGAGAAAAUAAUUCCGGUAAUAAAAAUUAAAACGUAUAGAAGUUGUUUGUUGCUUUUAGCUUGAACGAUUUUCUAAUUGAUCGAUCUCUUGUUAGAAUA